GCAGAUUGUCAACUCUGCAACAGACGCAUUUCACCGGCUUCUACACGACCGCUCCCCGAAUAGUCUGAUGCGUAGACUCGGAUGCGACGACGCUACUGCCGUGAGCAAGAAAGAAUACGAGACCUUGCUCUGGCUGCUGGCGCAGAUGUUCUUCCCUGCCACCAUCAACUUCAGCUUCGAUUUCCUGCCCUUGACGAAGAAGUAUAAGCACACGUACGGCAAUUGCGCGUAUCACGGCGGGUUGCUAGCUGAAGUGAAACUGCACCGUACAAAGGUCAAGACGCUCACAGGCCAGGUCCCUCAGGAGUAUGAGGGGGUGUUGAAUGCAGCGUCGAUGUCGCGGCUAGGCACCCUUUUGCACGAGGUCUGCCAUGCGUUCUUGCAGUGCUACACGUGCAAAAACUGCCGCCAGCGCGACCACAAUCAACUCGGAGGCCAUGGGUUUGCAUGGCAGCGCAUCGCGUGCUGGGCUAUGUACGCCGCGUCGCACAGCCUUAGGCUGAAGCUUGAGUUGUCGCGCUUCCUCGCAAUCCAAGUCAACUAGGACGACUUGAAGUCUUUGCCAGAUAUUAAGGAGCUCGAAUCGUGGGAGUUGCAUGGUUUAGAAGGAACGUAGACAGUAGCCAAGGAUUCGAGUGGCCAUCGCUUACUAGGCCAAGUACGCCGCAGAGCACAGUCUAGACUUGCAACUGGACCUAGGACGCUUCAACGCCAUCCAACUUCACUAGAGAGAUAUGCAGGUUCUGCCAGAUAUUAAGGAGGUCAACUCAUAGGAGUUAGAUGAUUACAGUAGACAAUAGAUGUUAUAGCGUAGGCGGUCAGGCCGAUUUGUUGUGAGGUGUUUCAGCGUUUGUAUCGUGCAGGCUGCGUGUCUUUUACAUCAAAAAAUGUCCAGAG